AUGGUUAAGACAGAGUGUAGUCAAAUGAAUGAUGCAGGUGAUAGUGAUUGGGAUCCUCAAACUAACCAUCAUUAUUUAAAUUCAACAAAAUCAUAUGCAAAUGUUAAUCUAAUUAUUAAUAAUAAUCGUCUCAACUGUAACCCAUAUUCAACAAAUGAAUCAAAGUAUCAACCACUACCACAACCAUCGCUACCAUCACAUUCAAUGACGAAUAUUUCUCCAAAUAAAAUACGAACAAAUGGUAACGUUUCAUCAUCUUCGUCAAGAAAGUCAAUCUCAUCGAAUACCAACACGACAACAUCCUCUUCUGCAUCGUCAUUAUCAUCCAUAUCAUCUACGGCUGGUGGUGUAUUACCAAAAAAAGAGAUAUAUCCGUGGAUGAGUGAUAAAAAACAUAAUACAAGCAAGAAAAACAGCAAUCGAAAUAACAACAAUAACAACAGGAACAGCACCAGCAAUAAUUCAUCAAUGUCUCCAUCUGAUAAAGAAUUAUCAUCUAGUGCCGCAAAGCGUGCUCGAACAGCGUAUACAAGUGCUCAAUUGGUCGAAUUAGAAAAAGAAUUUUUAUAUGCUCGAUAUUUAAAUCGUCCACGACGUAUUGAAUUAGCCCAAUUGUUAAAUUUAACGGAAAGACAAAUAAAAAUAUGGUUUCAAAAUCGCCGUAUGAAAUUUAAAAAAGAUGGAAAAGGACGAAUGUCGUGUAGUGAUUCUCCAUUAGCAACAACGAGUGAUAAAGAUAUGUGCGAUAAAGAUAUGGUAUUAAAUUCACCAUCAUCCAUAGGACGUGAUUUAAAAUUUUCUUUUCAUCCUCAACAAUAUUUUUCGAUGCCACAUCAUCCACAUCAACUUUCGUAUCACAAAACAAUUAAUCAUAUUGACUGUACGAAUAAUGGCACUAAUUCGAUGUUCGAUGUGACAGGUGGAAUGAAUGGAUACGACGUAUCUAAAUCAUCACCAUCGUCAACUUAUAUAAACACAAAUAUUUACUAUAAUAAACCAUUAGCUAAUUGCAAUGGAACUGGUUAUGGUUAUGAUAAUCUACAACCAAUGAAUUUCUAUUAUAAUCCACCACCUCCUCCAACAAGUUUUUCUCCAGUAUACAAGGAACAUUCAAUGAAUUUUAUCGAUCCAAUUGAUUCUUAUAAUACCUCAAAUAUUACGACAACAACACAAAAUCAAAAACAUAUGCAUCUCUAA